UAGUAAUAAAAUGUACACGUACGUGGUCCUUUUCGUGUCCCUAAAUGUUAUUGCCUCAAUUUGUACCCCGAUCGCUAGAAUAAAACGUCAACACUUCACUCGUCCGGAAGCUUGCACGGUUUCACACCAAGAAAUUGAAGAACUGAUAAAUAUUACCAAGCAUCUAAAUGAAACAGUUGCAAAUGCCCAACUUGAUACCCGAUCAGGAUUCGAUGAGCCUAUUAACCAGGAUAAAUGUUCAAGAAAGUUAACCGAAUUUCGUGCUACAGUUCAGGGAGUGAUAAAAACCUUUAAAUCAAUUGAUCUAAAUACAAUGAAUAAAGCACAGUUUGAAGGAGCCAAAUCACGCUAUCAAACGGAUAUACAUCGUCUUUUGCAACGAAUAGACAAUCUUAAACGAGAAGUUGAAGAUAGUUAUCGAGGUGAAGUGGACAGUCUGCGCAACAAUAUGCACCAAUUCAAAUCGCAGCUUGAUGAUAAUGUAAGAUUACUCGAAAUGGAACAAACUAAAACCAAGGAUGCGCUAGUUUUGCUUUGCAUUGCUAACAUACGGGCUGGUCGAAUCGAGGAAGCAAUGAAAAAUUUCAGCAAUCUGGAUAAACUUUCAUAUCGAAAAAUUAUUUCCGAAGUUUAUGAGAACGACCCAGCGAAUGCUGAUUUGGUAAUGGACUUUUUGGAGGCUAUAGAUUUGUACCGUGAACCUAUCGAGGGGUAUGAAAUCUUGUUCGGUUUUAUGCAGAAAAACAAUCAGCUCAACGGAUCGGGAGGUCGACGGCUGCUUAUACACAUUAUGGCCCUUACGACAGCAGAGGAUGAACAUUCGGAACGAGCAGCCAGACUACUAACUUUGUUCAAAAGUAGUGUGUGAUUUAAAGGAAGAUGAAGUUUUUUUAUACUGAUCAGUGUGAUACCCAUCACUCACUAAAAUUAAUUGGAAAAUAUGAACCACAAAUAAAAUUAUACUUUUGAAUACAAAU